AAGCAAUGGAGAAAAUGGUAGCGCAGCCAUGCUCAACAGAUCUGAAGAUGGCUUUGUUCUCUUCCGGGUCUCGCAAGCUGCCGGCAUACUCUUCCUCCAUAGUUUUUCUCCCCGUGUGCUCCAUCAGAUCCGCAAGGGUGUGUGCUAAGCGCCGUGAAGUCAACAAAACAAAUCCAUCUCCGGCAUCCCCGAAACUGAAGGCCACACAGGAUCUCAUUAAUGGGCUCAAGUGUGAGAUCGCAAAUGUUCAAGAGGACUUGGAAAGAUUUCAUGCAGUGGAGGGUUCAGACGAGUUUCCUUUUGAAAUAAUCACUCGUUCAGGAUAUGGCCUAAAAACCAAGGAGACUUAUCUCCAAAGAGAACUUGAUGAUGAAGUCAUUCGAGUGUCAGCUGAGUACGAAACUGAUGAAGAUGAAGAUGAAGACGAGGAAGAUGAUGAUGAAGACGAUGAAGUAGAAGAAGAUGAUGACGAUGAUGAAUUCGAUGAUGAAGUAGAAGAAGACGAUGAAGAAGAAGACUCUGGCAUUGCAAUGAAAGUGAACAUUUUCCAAAAAAGUACUGGAAAACAACUGAAGUUGGAUGUAACUUCUUUCCCUGAUGAGAUUCGCGUCGACCACUUUUCAAUCAAGAAACCGGAGCAAUAUUACCUUGAUGUCACCAAAACCGGCGGCAAGUACUUGGCUAACUUACAGAAGGAAUUGGUCAAAUAUCUUGAGGUGAAAGGGGUCACGCCCAAGACAAUUGAAUUAUGGAAGGCCAGUUUGAAGAACAAAAUAGGAAGAGAGUCCGUGAAGGGGAGAAGUGAAGUGCCAAUAGAGGAGCGUUGCCUCGUGAACAAGCAAUCCACGGCUGCAUCGAGCUCGGAUUCUGAAUGCAGUGAGAGUCCUAUUCUCAAGUCCCCUGGGAUUGGGAGCAGCCCGGCAGAGGCUUCUCCAGUUAACAAGAGGAUCACCGGUCCUAUUAGGCGAGCCAAGGGUGGUUGGACUCCUCAGGAGGACGAGACAUUGAGGAACGCAGUUGAAAAGUAUAAGGGGAAGAACUGGAAGAAAAUAGCUCAAAAUUUUACCGAUAGAUCAGAAGUGCAAUGUCUGCAUCGGUGGCAGAAGGUUCUAAAUCCAGAACUUGUUAAAGGACCAUGGACUCAAGAGGAGGAUGAUAAAAUCGUUGAACUGGUAGCAAAGUAUGGACCUACAAAAUGGUCAUUAAUAUCAAAGUCUUUGCCUGGUCGUAUAGGCAAACAAUGCCGAGAAAGGUGGCACAAUCAUUUAAAUCCAGAUAUAAAGAGGGAGGCUUGGACGUUGGUGGAGGAAUUAGCCCUUAUGCAUGCCCACCGAAUGCAUGGAAACAAGUGGGCUGAAAUAGCUAAGGCUUUACCUGGAAGGACUGAUAAUGCAAUAAAGAAUCAUUGGAAUAGUUCCUUGAAGAAGAAAUUAGAUUUCUAUUUGGCGACUGGGCAACUUCCACCGCCACCAAAGAAUAGUUACCUGAAUGUUCCUAAAGAGACAAAUAGAUCCACUGCAACUAAAAGAUUGCUUGUUGGCUCAGAUAAAGGAUCAGAUUCAACUGCUCGGACAUUGCCUGGAAAUGCAGACAAAAGACGUAAAAUAGAUGAAGAUGGCAAUGAUCAUUUGCAGUCCUCCGAACCUCUUGACAUGGACAUGUGCGCUUUCUAUUUGGCAAAUGGGCAACUUCCACCAGUAUCAAAGAAUUUUUUCCCAAAUGGUGCUAAAGAGACCAAUAGAACCACUGCAACUACAAGAUUGCUUGUUGAUUCAGAUAAAGGAUCAGAAUCAAGUGCUCACACAUUGUCUGGAAACGCAGACAUGUGUAAAGUGGAUGAUAAUGGCAAGGAUCAACUGCAGUCUUCCGGCUCUGAGGACAUGUGCGGUUCAUCAAGUAUUCUUCCAGAUGAGCAUGCUGAUUCUGAAGUCAUGGACCGGAGGCUAAGAUUGUCUCUUAUGGAUCCUAGUUGCAGCAACUCGGAGUCGCUACCAACAUUCUCAAACUGUGGUGUAAACAGCAAGCCUCAGAUUGAGAAUUCAGAUAUUAACAGUGACCCAAAGUAUGAGAAUUCUGAAUUCAACAGUCAACAAGUUGAAGACAAAGUUGAAAGCUCAACUGUGCCAGUUCAAACUCCUAGCUAUGGUUCAUUGUACUAUGAACCGCCACCAGUGGACAGCUCUAUUCCAUUUGAUUCAGGGAUUUCAAACUUGCAUUACUUGCAGCAUGAGUACGAGUCUAGUCCGAACUUGUCACCUAUUAGUUUCUUCACUCCUCCUACUGCGAAAAGCAGUGGUUUAGGUAAUCGAAGCCCUGAAUCAAUUUUGAAAAUAGCUGCUAAGACCUUCCCCAACACUCCUUCUAUUUUGCGGAAAAGAAAGUCUGCCCAAGGACAUUUACCUCCUAACAAACUUAGGAUAGUUGAUAGUGAAUCAGUGAGGGAAACAGUCACGGUUCCUGAAGGACAGGAAAGAAACAAAAAUAGUGUGGAAUUGUCUGGGUCUCAAGAUGUAAGUUUGUUCGACAGUCCAACCAGUCAUGGUAUUAGUACCACUGGUCCUAAUGGUAAGGCUUUUAAUGCAUCUCCUCCAUACCGGUUAAGAUCCAGGAGGACUGCUGUUUUCAAGUCUGUGGAGAAACAACUUCAGUUUACAUGUGAAGAAGAGUAUGCUGGUAACUCCAAACCUGUGGAGUUAUCUGCAAAUGGCGGUUCUGCUGUCACCAAAGAUUGUUCACAUGCAACAAAGAUGGAAAUCACCUAGGGGCACACUGUACAAAGGAGAGAGAUGCCAUUGAAGUUGGCAGACACUUUUGAACUGGUGCACAGAGCUUUUGAAACGAUAGGUUAUAUUGAUUUAUGAAGAGACACUCCGGCUUUACAUCUUCAAUGAAAUUGAGAUCUUGCAAAUACUCAACCCGUUUUUAGUUACAUAGUGCUGAGUGCAUCUUCAGCAGAUUGACAAAUCCAGCAGUGGGGAUUCUGUAACGUGUAGAAUAAUAUUGAUAGGCCACAGAUGAUAGUUGAAGUAUAUUCUUUUUGGUACAUUAUUCUUUAGUGAAAAUAUAUUAAUUGUACCCAGAUUUGUACAGUAAAUCCACCAUGGAGAAGAGCAAUGAUGCUUCAUGCUUCAAAUUUUUUUGUAAUG